AUGGGACUCGUCAUGCUGCAAGUCGAAUGGGGCCUUGGUCGACAUCGGUAUUACGCAAAGCAAGAUCACUACAUUGGUUUCCUCAAGUACAAUUACUUCGACUGGUGCCAGGUCUUCGUCACCCUCUCGCUCUCCAAGAUCGCAAUCUGCCUCUUCCUACUACGAAUAUCCAAAUUUGACCAUUGGCGGAAGUUCCUUUACGGCGUCAUCGCUUUUCUCCUCGGCACGCAUAUACCGAUCCUUUUCAUCUACAUCUUUCAAUGCCGGCCGGUCAACAAGGCCUGGAAUGGUAACGUACAUGGACAAUGCUUCUCAUUAGACGCUAUAUGGAUAUUGAUAAUAGUUCAAGGAGUGUGCUCCAUCCUCACGGACUUUGCUCUCGCGGCUACCCCUAUCAUCCUCAUUCGCAACAUGAAGUUACCUAAACGCCAAAAGAUCGCUCUCAACCUCCUCAUGGGCCUUGGUGUAAUCACCGCUUUGGUCUGCAUAGUACGAACUGUAUUCUCUUACGAAACAAAAGCACACGACUUGACAUGGCAGGGUAUACCCAACGCGUUUGGUCGGAUCUUUGAAAUCAACCUGGGCAUAAUUGCAGCAUGUAUGCCAAUGAUGCGUCCACUAUGGAACCAUGGCAAGCGAAAAUGGAGGGCACACUUCUUAUUAGACAAAUCAGCUACCCAGCGCACUCGGAUGUCGCAGUUGCAGUGGUAUCGCGCGCCAUCUAGUCUACCGUGGUUCAAGAGAGUCAGGAGACACUUCCAGUUCCCUCUGAGGCCUGUGACCUCACAAACGAGCUCCGCGCAAUCAAUCAAUCGCACUCCAAACUCUUUCAACGAGAAAGUGGUCUUGCCACCUCCACACCCAAAUGUCACGAAACCUCGGGCGAAGUCUGCAUGGCCACAGGAGUACGAGCGUCCCGAGAACGCGACGUGGGCGAAAGAUGUGGAUGAGCCAAAAAUGAGCCAGAGUAUCGACUUGCCUCUGCAGGGGGCGAGGAAAAGCGAUUGGGAAAGAGAUCCAGAGUGGGGGGCAUUCGAUUUCAGCUUUCACAGGGAUGACCCGUGA